AUGGCUCGAGAAGUUACGCAGGAUUUUAUGGAUAUUGAUGAUGAAAUAACUUUACAAGAUAUUACUUUUCAAGUAGUGGAGUUUCGAAAAGAACAAAUAUUCGACACUUUUUACGAAAAAUCUUCCAAUACUCUCAUAUACGAACAUGCAAAGAUCAACAAUUUUCUAAUAAUUAUUCCGUGGAUUGUAUUAGAAGAAUUAGAUGGUUUAAAAAAUGCACCUGGAAGUCUUGUAUCGCAUUCAAUCGCCACUACUUCUUCUCAAUCGCCGUAUGAUAAUCAAGCAAAUGUCAAAACUUUAGCAAAAACCGCUAUAACAUUCUUGCAUAAUUGUUUGAGUCAAAAAUUGGAUGGGUUACGUGGUCAGAAAAUAUAUGAAAAGUUGGAAAAUGCUAAGAAUAAUGAUGAUAAAAUUUUAGAUUGUUGUAGUAAAAGUGAUGGAUUGAAAGGAAUAUUAGAAAUGAUUAUAUCCAAAUCAAGUUUAAACCCAUAUUCAUAUCCAUAUCUGGAAUUGAACGGCAUUCAAAAAAAUCCCAAUAAUUCAUGGGAAGAUUAUCACCCUACAGAUAAUAUUAUUAAUAAUAACAAUGAUGGUUUAUUUUCACCACCAAUACAAUAUCCACAAUUGCCAAUUGUUAAUAAUCAACCUGAAGAUUAUGAUGUUACAAUGAUGGAUUGUGAUGAUUCAGUACCUUUACAGUUAGCAACAAAUAAUAUUAUAUCAUUAUCAAUUGAUGAAUCUAUGAUCAUACAGGAUGAUGAUUUAAUUUUAAAGGCGGCAAAGAUAAAUGGAUUGCAUCCUAUUUCUUCUGUUCAAACAAUAGCUUUUUGUUCGUAUCUUCCAACGGCAAUGAUUUAUUACUUUGAAAAAUUCCUGGGUCAUGAUUGGACUUAUUUUGUAAAAGACCCUGAACCAUGGAGUAUAUUGACCAUUUUCAAAUUAUUAGAUCGAUAUUGGUUUACUGUUUUUUCUGAAGUUUUCCAAGAUUCUAGAACAAUACAAGAAGUCACUAUUGUUAAUGCUAGAUCAUUUAUAGAUCAAUGGCAAAAUUCAUCAAAUAAAAACUAUUCAAAUCUCAGUUACAACUACAAUAUGAUUGAUGAUAAUAAUAAUAAUAGUUUAACAAUUCGUGAACUGGUGCAAUUCAUACAAAAUUCCGAAACCAUCAUUAAAUUGAUUUAUAGUGAUUUAAAAGGUACAAAUUUAUCAAUUUCACAACUAAACGCAAUAACUGAAAAAUGGUGGCAGGAAUUUCAAGCUUCACUUUAUUAA